AUGCCUUCGCCGACGACGACCGUCCUUCCCCGCGCUCUUCUCCGCACGUUCGCGUCGCUUAGUACCCCACGCCACCCCGCAAUAUCAAUCCCAACCCUCUCCUGCAGGACGACGGCCGCAUCCGCACCAGCAAUAUUGCCAAGAAUAGCAAGGGCAUCGGCGACCACCACACGCAGCUUUUCCGCUUCCGCCGCUGUCCGCGAGCCGCCGCGCGAGUUCGAGAGCGACAACAAUGCGCCGGCGCCGCCCGCCGCCGACAAGGCCAGCACGGCCACGGCGUACCUGGGCACGCAGAAGCGGCUGCCCGAGUUUAGCCUGAGGGACAAGGUCGUGCUGGUGUCCGGUGGAGCGCGCGGGUUGGGAUUGACGCAGGCGGAGGCGCUGCUGGAGGCGGGCGCGACUGUCUACGCCCUCGACCGCCUGCCCAUCCCCUCGCCCGACUUCGCCCCCAUCCAGGAGCGCGCGCGCACCGAGCUGGGCACCGCGCUGCACUACCGGCAGAUCGACGUGCGCGACGUCGCGGGGCUGAACAAGAUCGUCGCGGCAAUCGGCGACGAGCACGGGCGGCUGGACGGGCUCAUAGCGGCCGCAGGCAUCCAGCAGGAGACGCCCGCCCUCGAGUACAGCGCCGAGGACGCCAACACGAUGCUCGAGGUCAACGUCACGGGCGCCUUCAUGACGGCCCAGGCCGCCGCCAAGCAGAUGAUCCGCUUCGACAACGGCGGCAGCAUCGUCAUGAUUGCCAGCAUGAGCGGGACGAUUGCGAAUAGGGGCCUCAUCUGCCCGGCCUACAACGCCAGCAAGGCCGCCGUCAUCCAGCUCGCCCGCAACCUGGCCUCCGAGUGGGGCGCGUACGGCAUCCGCGUCAACACCAUCUCGCCGGGCUACAUCGUCACGGCCAUGGUCGAGGAGCUGUUCAAGCAGUUCCCCGAGCGCCGCACCGACUGGCCCACCCAGAACAUGCUCGGCCGCCUCAGCGCGCCCCAGGAGUACCGCGGCGCCGGCGUCUUCCUCAUCAGCGAUGCCAGCAGCUUCAUGACCGGCUCUGACCUGAGGAUAGAUGGCGGGCAUGCGGCGUGGUAA